AUGGAUUAGAGCGGAAUACACAGUAAUUAUAAUAUGGAUGAUAUUGAAUAAAGUGUUAUUGAAUUUUUGAAAACAAUCAAUAAUCUCAGUAAAACUCCUUAAAAUCUUGAAGAGUUAAGUGAUGGUAUCGUUUUAACUGAACUCCUCUCUAAGAUUAAUGAUAGCAUCUUUGAUGUCGAUUAAGUAGAAAGAGACACACAAGAUAACUGGGCUUUAAAUCAUAGAAACAUUAAGAGAUUAAUUGACAGCAUUGAGCAUUAUUAUCAUGAUAUAUUAAAAUUAAAAGAUUUUGACAAAGACACCUACUUAGAUGCUAGCGAAAUAUCAAGAAAUAAGAAUAAAAAUGAAAUUGUUAAAUUAGUAGAAUUGGUUUUGGGCAUUAUUGUUUAGAGCGAGUAAAAGAGUGAUUUUAUACAUGCCAUCACAUAGUUAGAGAAAAAGUAUUAAGCUGUUUUGAUGCAUUUGAUGGAGAAAUGGAUUGUCUAAGAUCGUUUACACACAGAUGGAGAUGAUAAUGCCUCUAUGGAGAGCAUGAGCUCAUAAAGAUUCAACUCUGCUAGUAUAUAAUAUAAUACCCAAUCGUACUAUUAUUAGUAGAAUCAAUAGCUUCUAAAAAAGAUUGAUGAGCUUGAACGCGAAAACGAUGUUUUGAAUGAGAAAAUAGAAGAGCUUCGUACUGAGCAGAUUGAAAAAGAUCGUAAAAUUUUAGAGUAUGAAAAAGACUUUAACAAAAAAGAUGACGAAAUGAAAAAGUUGAAAUUGUCUCGUGAUAGCAUGAUGAUCAGCCUUGGUAUGAGUACUAAUGAAGAUAUUGAAAGUGUUGUCAAAACAAAGGACUUAAAAAUAGAAUAAUUAAACCAAACUAUAGUUGCUGUUUAGUAAUAGGCUUAAUUAGAAAAAGACAAGUUGAAUGACGAAAUCUCGCUCUUAAAUAAAAAGUUAAAGCAGCUUCAAAAAAUUAGCGAAUCUCUUGACUUCUAUAAAUAAAAGUAUGAUGAAUACACUCAGCUUUCUGAGAAGUUUUCUGAAGCUGACAAGAAGGCCAAAUAAUUUGAUAAGAAUUUGCAAGAUAAGGAUAGCCAAAUUGAGAUGCUCAUGGAAAAGCUACAAGAAUUUAAGUAAAGCUACAAUGAAGAGAAAAAAAAAUCAAUGGAAAAGGCUAUAGAAAUAUCUUAAAGGGAUAAUUAAAUUGAAUAGCUUCGCAGGGAAGUUGAUUAAGUUUAACGUAAGUACUAGCUUUAAGAAGAGAAACUGUAAGAUAUGAGUUAAAUUCUAGAGCGCUAUCAGCAAGAUGAAUCUUAAAGUCAUAGUGAUUACAAGAAAUCAAGCAAUUAAGUCAGUGCAAAAAAGGUUAAUGAUGGACCCAAAGGGUUGAGUGAGGAUCUAAAUUAAAUUAUUAAUGAUCUUGAAAGAGAAAAUAUAUUACUUAAAUCUGAAUAAACAACUUUAGAUCCUAGCGUAAUUCAUCUUGAAGAUGCUUCUAGUUUAAAAGAAUAAAUUAAUUUGUUAUAAACAAAACUAACUGAAUAAAUAAAGAUUCAACAUGAAUUAGAAUCAAAAUUAUCAGUUUACGAAAAAUGUGAUGUUGAAAAAUUAAAAGAAGAAAACGAAAAAUUAAAAAAUGAUUACUAAAAUCUCUUAGCCAAGAGCUUGAAAAGAAAAGAAAGACGCGAAGAAGAGCAAGAGGAGACGCUAAGAUCUUUGCAAGAGGAGAUUACAAGAAGAGAAUCUGAAAUAUAGUAAUACCAAGAAAAAUAUUAAGACUAGAAUUCAAAAAUACUUCAGUUAAAUUCUGAAAAGGCAAGGUUAGCAGACGAAUGGGAGAAAAAGGUAAACGAUCUUUAAAAGUAAAUUGCUAAUUAUAAUUAAUAGAUUAGUUAGCUUCAAAAUUAAAUAGACUAAAAAGACAAAAAACUUGAUUAAUAAAAGUAAUAGUAUACAAACCUUUUUUAAAAUAAAUAAGAAGAGUUGGAUAUUCUUUUUGGUGUUUUAUGCGAAAUGCGUUUAAAAUAUUAGUAAAUUUAAUCCUAAGAAAAAACAAACUGCUGCUGA